AUGACAUCACCUCCUCCGGACGUGUUUUCUGCCCUCCGCGCCCCGACUGUGGCUCUGACCAACCUGCCGGCGAUAAAAGACAAGGACCCAAUCCAAACAGGAGCGUGGAUGGCUAUCGAUCAGGCCGGUUUUACGCUGAUGGGAGGAGCUCAGGACCGGAUCUCAAGCCACAAGGACGGCAGCACUGGAGAGUGGUUACCCCGUCUAAAGUCUGGGCCAAACGUAUGCAGUGACUAUAGGCACUUCCAGGAGCUCUUCCAAGUCCAGGCCCAGGCCCAGCUGCUGAGAAUUGGGGCCAAAAGUCUGGGUCUCCAUCUGUCCCCUGUCACAAAGCAGACCACAGCAUGA